AUGGGGAACGUGGGCAGCCACAGCGAGGGCGAGGAGGAGGAGGAAGAAGAGCGCGGCACCCCCGCCGCCGCCGCCUCUCCCGUCAGCGAGGGCGCCAUGGACCCCUCGGCCUCCUCCUCUGCCUCUGGCGCCGCCGCUCCGCCGGCCGCCUCCUUGCCGCCGCAGUCCUCGUCCUUCCCGCCGGCCGCCGUGUUGCUGGGCCAGGCGCGGCUGCGGGAGGAGGCGGUGGCCCGGCUGCGUGAGGCGCCCUCGGCCGAGCCGCUGCUCUCCCGCCACCACGGCGCCCUGGUGCGCUGGCUGGAAGAACGCCUGGGCCGCGGCGAGCAGGUCGUCAGCAUCGAGCAGCUCUGCGAAGCCCUCGAGAGCCGCGCCGGCCCCACCCAGGCCCCAAGCGCCGCCGCCGGCACGGGGGGAACCGGAACCACAGGGGCAGCAGCAGGGACCGCCGCCGAGGAGCGGGCGAGGAACGAAGAGGCCUUGGCUCAGUUUGAUACUGAGGGAGAUGGCACAGUGGAUGUGGAGAAUAUGCUGGAGCUUCUCAAGACCUCCAGUGGAGCCAAUCUGCAAGGAGAGCUUAGUCAUGUGAUCAGGCAGUUGCAGGCCUGUUCACUUGUCCCAGGUUUUAUAGACAUAUUUUCUGAAUCAAAGGAGCGCCGUAGCCUUCAUGCUUCCACGCUUCUGAGAUUCCUGCACCGGAACCGUAUUGCCAACUCUGUCAUCCCAUAUCCAGUCCUGGAGUACUUCAACAACAUUUGCAAUAUGCGUUCUUCUGUACUGAAGGAUUCCUUAGACCGGCUCAUCUUAAAAGAAAAGGAAUGCCCCAGUGACUUAAACGGAAACCAGGAGUUGGACAAGCUUAAAUCUGUUUCAAAGUGCUACACUCACAUAGAAACCUCCUCCAACUCAGCAGAUAUUGACAAAAUGACCAAUGGGGAAACUUCUUCCUUCUGGCAGUCUGAUGGGAGCGCCCGUUCGCACUGGAUACGCUUAAAGAUGAAGCCAGACGUCAUUCUGAGGCACCUCUCCAUUGCAGUUGCAGCAAACGACCAGAGUUACAUGCCGCAGCAAGUCACAGUAGCAGUUGGAAGGACUGCCAGCAAUCUUCAGGAGGUCCGCGAUGUUCACAUUCCAAGCAAUGUCACCGGCUACGUGACAUUGUUGGAAAACGCUAACAUUAGUCAGAUGUAUGUGCAGAUAAACAUCAAACGCUGCCUUAGCGAUGGGUGCGAUACCAGAAUUCACGGGCUCAGAGCUAUUGGCUACCAGAGAGUGAGGAAGGGCGGAGUCUCAGUCUGUGACGCUUCAGCUAUCUGGUACUGGUCACUCUUGACCUCUUUGGUGACAGCUUCCAUGGAAACAAAUCCAGCAAUUGUCCACACCAUCUUGCAAAAUACCCAGAAAGCCCUGCAGCAUAUGCCACCGCUGUCUCUUUCACCUGGUUCCACAGACUUCUCAAGUUUUUUGUCUCCUAAUGUUUUGGAAGAAGUAGACAGUUUUCUGCUGAGAAUUACCAGUUGUUGUGCUUCUCCAGAGGUAGAGCUCACCAUGUUGGCAUUUGCUCUCGCCAGAGGGAGUAUUGCUAAAGUGCUGAGCUCACUUUGCACAAUUUCUGACCAUCUGGAAACGACGUACAAAGCUGCGUCUCUCAUCACUUCCAUGGCCACAGUCAGGCAAAACCUGCUCUAUAAAUAUGGAACGCCUCUGCGGUUGACUUUGCAAGCCUGCGACGUCAAGGGAAAGGAGGACAAAUCAGGACCCGAAAACCUCCUUGUGGAGCCCUGGACGGGGGAUGGCUUCCUUACAGAGACUGGGAAGACUCGGGCAAGUGUAAUCCUUUCUACGGGGACUGAAUCGGCUUUCCAGGUCACGCAGAUUAGAAUAAAGGUGCGAAGAGGAGCGAUUGGGGCCCGAUGUGGGUUAGUGUUUGCUUAUAACUGCUCUUCAGAAAAGUUUCAUGCUGAGGAGCAUUUUAAAAGAUUUGAACGCUAUGACAAGUGGAAGCUAGAGGAUUUUCGGCAGUUUUUAAAAAUCAGGAGCGGCACUUCUCGUGAUGAACUGGGAGAGGAGGAUCCUGUUGGUUGGUUUGAAAUGGAGGAGGAAUGGGAUGAAGUGGAAAUCAAGAUGCAGCAGUGCAGAAUUUCCAAAUACCUGAUGGUGAAGUUUCUGUGCACAAGGCAAGAAAAAGCUGAGAGACUCGGAGUGCAAGGCUUGAGCCUCUUUGGGUACCUUCGGCCUGCAUCUGCCGAGCCGAACAGAAGAAUGAUUUGUAUGAAGUGCAGCAAAACAAAUGGAGAUACCGUAUGUGGAACAACUCUUCUCCUGAAGACUCUGUGUUUCAUCCAACAGCUUGCCCAGGAUUUGGUGCAGAAGAAAGAGAGUGGUCUAAGGUACAGAUCAUACCUGGAUUUUGGAGGCCUUGAUUUAAAGCUGUUUUGGGAUUUCUACAGCAGUCUUCACCAAAAUCCGCGCGAAGAGUGCAUUGAGGCCCAAACCAUGGUGCUGCAGCUUCUGCAGAGCUGCUUCUCAGUGCUCGCUGCAGACUGUAAAACCACAAAAUCUCAGGAAAACGCACCGAGCAAAAAGCCUGACAACACACAAGCGGCUGAGGCACUCUACAAGCAUCUUUGUGAAGUGGUAGACAGGAGAGAUGAUGAGUCCACACCAUUAAAAAUCUUGAAGCAAGAAGUCAACAACACGCUCCUCAACGGCGCAGCCAUCUUUUUCCCUGAGAGGCAUACCCGGCGGGAGCAGCUGUUUGCAAUGAUGAAAAACAUUACAGAGCAGGAACACAAGCCAUCUGCCCAUCUUGCUUUCAAAUCCCUCUGCACGUAUUUCAGCGAUCAGGAUCCUGGUGGACUUUUGCUCUUACCAGAGAAGGGAACUUCUACAGACCUGGAUGUUGGUCAAGUGCUGUCAGUGAUGGAUACUCUUCUGUUGGUGGCAUCCAGAGAGUGUGAAAUGCUGAUGUCGGGUAUGGCCCAGCAAGACAGCAGUUCUGUGCUCUCGUCCUUAUUCUGGUCUGUCCAAGGCAGCCUCCUUUCCUGGUGCUACUUGCAACUCAAGGGCAGCGACACAGCACCAAAGAACCUCGCCACGGAAAUCCUUUCAAAAUAUAUACAGCUGUUCCUAUCAAACAUCAGGAAAACUUUAGAACCUCUCCUGGCCCAACAUAGUGGAAAGAUCAUAGUGGAAAAAUUAAGCAACUCUGUCUUUGCUAUGGUAACUCGCCAGCUGAUGACGGUCUUGCAGGACUUCUGCACUUUAGACAUUCCACACUGCACACUGCUGCAGGAUAUCAGCACCUUGACAGAGCUACUGAACGACUUGUCAAUGGAGCCUGGAGAGAAUCCAGAUAAGGUGGACCUGGAUAGCUGGCAGCAAGAGCAACCAGUGGUGCUGCGAACAUGGACUAUGGAAUCGCCCCAUAACUACGACAACAACUGCCAUGAUGUCACAGUCUUCCUUUGUCCGGGGGCAACUUACUUUGAGGUGGAAUUUGACGAACGAUGUGAAACGGAGAGGAGGUAUGAUUAUCUGGAGUUCACUGAUGCCAGAGGAGCAAAAACGCGAUAUGAUACAAAAGUUGGCGCAGACAAGUGGCCCAGGAAAGUGACCUUUAAGGCUGGCCCACGGCUGCAGUUUCUCUUCCACUCUGAUGGAACUAACAAUGAGUGGGGCUACAAGUUCUCCGUCACAGCAUACGGCCUUCUAGACAUUGCUGUUUCUUGGGGCCUGGAUCUGCAACUUCUCGUAGCCAGGCUUAUGGGGCGCUUGGCUUCUCAGAGUAUGGUGCUAAAACCUGUACAGGGAAAUGAAACAGAACUGUCGCCUGCAAAAGUGGCAGCUGUUCUUAAUUCUCCUCUCUGGAAGCCAGUCUUCAGGCAGCAGAUGUGUCCUGAACAGACUACAGAAGCAAGUGUGCCCAGCCAAACAAAGCAAGGCAACACUGAGGGCUUCAACUCUCAUGUCAGUGACUGUCAUAAAUUUCUUCUCAACUUCGCAAAAUCAGACCCUGCCCAGGAGUUCAGUGGGCCAAACUCUGAGCUUUUCAAAGGACUCUUACAGGCAUGUAAAAAACAGGCCCCCAAGAGUGAUAUAGUUGCUGGUUCCACUGUUGAUCGAGCUGUCAACUCCACAUUUGCUGCUUUGGUGUAUCUCUCUUCCGAUUUGUUUGGGAAACUGCAAAGAUAUGUCACCAGCGGAGGCAAAGCUCUUUUGAGUGAUGAAUUUGCACAAGUGUAUUCCCUGGCUGAUGGGAUCAGAAUAUGGAUGCUAGAAAUGAAGCAGAAGUUCCUCGUGGACCAGGGGAGUGACCAGGAAGAGAAGCCAGCUGGGGAGGCGAGCGAGGUGAACCCAGAAACUCUUGCACAACAGUGCAUCCAGAAGAGCCUUUUAUUGCUGAAUUUUCUACCUGCAAGGACCAAAGCAGAAAACCAUGACUCUGAUAGCGUGGAGGACUUUGGACAGUGCCACAAAGACAAGCGCCAAAGGACGAGCUCUGUAAAUGAAGCGGAUUUUCAGGCUGCAGAUGCAGCACCUGCGUGCAGGGUGACUGAUUCUGCCUCCCCCGAGGGCAGCCGAGCUGUAGAUUUAAGAAAGCAAUCACUGGACUCACCGCAGGCAGAAAAGGCCUUGGCCUCCCCAAACAAACUUCUUGACAGCGGUGCCUCGGAGCAAGAAGAUGCCUUGUCCCCUCCCUCCACUCCCACACGCAAACCUCCAUUUAGCCGUGGAAGGCUACGGCUCCUCUCUUUCCGUUCAAUGGAAGAACCCAAAUCCGCACCCAGCAUCAAGGAGAAAUACCCUAUCCUGAAGCACGUCUUAGAUUUCAUUAAGGACCAGUCUCUUUGUCAUGAAAGUGUAUUGGAGGUUCUCGCUUUAAGAAAAGCUCAAGCCAAAAGUAUCUUGGAAGUCCUGAAGACAAUUCACCAGUGCCUAAAAUCUCUCAGCCAACCUCACUGUUUCCUCCCUCCCUGCAUCCUUUUUCUGUUGGAACUCCUGGCUUCCCAAAAAGACUUCACAAAUUACUUUGGACACCUGGAAGGUUGCGGUGCUGAGCUACAUCAAGAAAUACGGGAAUCUUACUACCAGCUGCUUUUCUUUUUGGUCAAUGCUGUAAAAGGAUUUAGCAACCUCAAUGACAAAUCGCUGCUCCCUGCCUUGUCCUGUGUGCAGGCAUCCCUCCUUCACCUCUUGGAUAUGGGUUGGGAGCCCCGCGACCUCUCCUUCUUUGUUGAAAUACAGCUUCCGCAGCUCCUCAUGACCAUGGCGCAGGAAAACAUAAGCACCCACGUCAGCGUCAUUUGUCAGUGGAACGAAGAAGAUGAAAUUGCAGACUACAGGCAGAACUCAGAGUGGAUGGAUGAGUGCCAAGAUGGAAUCUUUGAGGCCUGGUGUGACAAGAUAAGCCAAGCAGAUCCAGAGAAGCAGAGAAAGAUGCAUAUGUUCAUCGCCCGCUACUGUGAUCUGUUGCACGUUGACAUCUCCUGCGACGGGUGUGAUGAGAUCGCACCCUGGCACCGUUAUCGCUGCUUGCAGUGCAAUGAUAUGGAUUUUUGUAAGACAUGCUUCUUGGGUGGAGUGAAACCUGAAGGCCAUGAGGACAACCAUGAAAUGGUUAACAUGGAGUAUGCCUGCGAUCAUUGUCAAGGGAUCAUUGUGGGUCAGCGUAUGAAUUGUAACGUGUGUGAAGACUUUGACCUCUGCUUCGGGUGUUACUCUGCCAAGAAGUACUCCGAUAGCCACCUUCCCACCCACAGCAUCACGGCAUAUCCGAUGGUGACCAUUCGACUCAGCGAUGGGCACAGGCUCAUCCAGCCGUACCUCCACAACUACUCCUGGCUGCUGUUUGCUGCUUUGACUCUCUACAGUGCUGACUUGGCGAGCGGCGAGGAAGUGGAAGGCGAGGCACUUGACCACACGGUCGUCUCCCACGCCCGAGCCCUGCAGCAGGAGUGCAUUCGCCUUAUCGGAGAUUGCCUGAUAAAAGCCCAGCAUGGAAAAGGUAUGAAAGCUUUAGCUCUGCUCAACAUGUUCCCAGAGACUGAAUCUUUGUCCGAAAAUGUGACGCCAUCUACUGAUUAUUCUGCAGACAGUAACAUGCCCAGCCACACUAGCAAAGAAGGCAAGGAAAGCAGUAAGGCAGCACCAGCAGCUUUCAUCCAGUUCAAUGGGAAUGGAAAUGCUAACGAAAUUCAGGCCUCUGUAGAUACCAAACAAGAAGGAAAACCAAAAACGAAGACAGAGCCUUCCAAUGGCCUUCCACCAAAGAAAGAGGAGAGUUUACAUGAGGCACUUGCACUGAACCCAGACUUGACUGCAAAAGAGAGGGUAUCUCCAGAGCUACCGGAUGCUCAAGUUGCCAAAGUUCUGCCUCCGAAACCAGGGGAUGAAAAGGUGACACUGAGCCAAGAACAGGCCUUCGCUGAAUGUUCCCAGAAGAGGAUUCUUGGCUUGCUGGCAGCCAUGCUGCCUCCUUUGAAAUCAGGCUCAGCAGCAUCCCUCAUUAACCUGGAUCAGAUCCUCCCCCUCAUGUUUCAAGUUGUCAUCUCCAACGCUGGCCAUUUGAACGAAACCUACCACUUGACCUUGGGACUCCUGGGUCAGUUGAUUCGGAGGCUGACUCCUGCCGAAGUGGAUGCUGCCGUGACCAAGGUCCUCUCGGCUAAGCACAGCCUCGUCGCUGCCGGAGAUGGCUCCACGGUGCCAGAAGGCUGGAAGACGACCCAUCUCCUUUUCAGCCUGGGAGCCGUCUGCUUGGACAGCCGCGUAGGCCUUGACUGGGCAUGCACCAUGGCAGACAUCCUUCGAGCGUUGAAUUCCUCCGCCCAGUGGCAUGGGGUGAUUGCCGCUUUCACAGACCACUGCAUCAAACAGCUGCCCUUUCAGUUGAAACACACAAACAUCUUCACCUUAUUGGUGCUCGUUGGCUUUCCAGAGGUUCUGUGCAUGGGCACUCGUUCGGUGUACAUGGAUAAUGCAAACGAAGCCCACAAUGUGAUCAUUCUCAAGCACUUCACGGAGAAGAACAGGGCAGUGGUUGUGGAUGUCAAAACCCGGAAAAGGAAAUCAGUGAAAGACUACCAGCUGGUUCAGAAGUGUGUCCAAGAUGACAGCGAAUUGCAGAGCCAGCUGCGCCAAUACCUCCAGCAUUUUGUUUUCAUAACCAGCCACCUUCUCCAGACAAGUAUCGAUAGCAGCUUUGCCGAGGCAGUGGAAGCAUCCUGGGUCUUGUCUCUUGCUCUGAAGGGACUUUACAGAACGCUCAAGACACAUGCCUUUGAAGAAAUCUGCACUGCCUUCCUUCAGACGGGCUUACUUAAGCUGCUGGUGAAGAAGUGCAGCAAAGGGACAGGCUUCAGCAAGACGUGGCUUCUCCGAGACUUAGAGAUCUUAUCAGUCAUGCUUUACUCAUCCAAAAAGGAGAUAAGCUCCCUAGCUGAGCGAAAGGACUCAAGACUGGAGGAGAGGGAUGAGGAUCAAGCCAUGGAUCAGUCUGUCGUCAUUCCUGCCGAUGCAGACCAGAAUCGGCCUGACCCUCUAGAGGGCUUGGAUGAAGCCACCAAAAUCUGCUUCUUGAUGACACACGAUGCUCUCGAUGCGCCUCUGCAUAUCCUUCGGGCCAUGUACGAAUUGCAAAUGAAGAGAACAGAUUCUUUCUUCCUGGAGGUUCAGAAGAGAUUUGAUGGGGACGUGGUCACAACUGAUGAAAGGAUCCGAACCCUGGCUCAGAAAUGGCAACCCAGCAAGCAUUUGCGCUCAGAGGAACAAAGUUCCAAGGCAGUAGACACUGACAUGAUCAUCUUGCCUUGCCUGUCGAAGCCUGCCCCCAGUGAUAAAGCCACAGAAGAACUCAACCCCAUCACUCAGAAGCUCAUCACCAACACAGAAAGCGACCUCCAGCUCAGCUACGCCAAGCAACGCCGCACCAAAAGUUCCGUCUUGCUGCAGAAGGAGUUGGACUCCAAGAGCAAGAAAGCUGUGCGGGGUUAUCUCCACCGGGUCAAUGAGGCAACAGCUGUCCUCUAUGCCAGGCACGUCCUCGCCUUGCUGUUAGCCAAGUGGCCUGAUGACGUGGCCAUCAGCGAAGAAAUGCUGGAGCUCAGUGGCCCAGCUCAUAUGACUUACAUCCUGGACAUGCUGAUGCAGCUGGAGGAGAAACAGCUGUGGGAAAAGAUUCUCCUGAAAGUGCUGCGGGGCUGCGACAAAAGCAUGCUUGCAACUAUGGCACUCACAGCUUGUCAGUUUAUGGAGGAACCUGGAAUGGCUGUCCAAGUGCGCGAAUCCAAGCAUCCCUACAACAAUAAUACAAAUUUUGAGGACAAAGUUCACAUCCCUGGUGCUAUCUACCUCUCCAUCAAGUUUGAUCCCCAGUGUAACACCGAAGAAGGGUGCGAUGAACUGCUCAUAUCUAGCAGCAGCGACUUGCAGCAUGACCGACACAGCUUCAGCGGACCCCCACACAAGUGGACCGACUUCGAGCUCCCAGGAGAUACACUGUACUAUCGAUUUACAUCCGACAUGAGCAACACCGAAUGGGGUUACAAGUUUACAGUGACGGCCGGUCACCUAGGGAGGUUCCAGACAGGGUUUGAGAUCCUGAAACAGAUGCUGUCGGAGGAAAGAGUGGUCCCUCAUAUUCCGCUGGCCAAAGUUUGGGAGUGGCAGGUGGGCGUGGCCUGCCGACAAACAGGCCACCAGCGAUUGAAAGCCAUCCACUUGCUCCUGAAGACAGUGCAGUGCUGUAGCCAAAGGGAUUGUGACCUCACGUUACUGAAGCCACUGUGGCAGCUUUUCACCCGCAUGGAGAACAACCUGCGCGUCGACAUGACCAAGCCGGGAAUCCUCCUCCCACUUCACCGGGCACUGACCGAACUUUUCUUUGUUACUGAGAAUAGAGUCAGUGAACUUGGAUCUCUGCAGGAAUACUUGCUUGCCUUAAAUACGGAAGACCAUCUUCACCGCUGUACAGCACAGGCCCUGAAAAACAUUGCUGCUAUUAGCCUUGCCAUUAACUAUCCCAACAAAUUGACAAGUCUCUGGAAUGUUUAACGAGCGGCCUCGUGCCUUUGGGAUAGGAUAGUUUCUGUCCGUAGGAACCUUAGCGCGCAAGCACCUGAACUUGUUUCGGGCACGGGAGGACGGACGAGAGGGAGAGAGGGUCCUUCUGCUUCAGUGUACGUGCACAACGCAGCCACCCCCCCAGUGUAGAUUCCGUCAAAGCAGCAGUGCACUUCCGAGGACAUGGGGGCGCACUCUCUCCGGAGCAUCUCGUGUGUCACCUGCAGCUAUGUACGCACUUCUAUUGUAGCAUGUCUGUCGGAACAGUAUUUACUUCCUUUCAAUAUUUUCAAAGUAAACGGAGUGAGGUGGAGAGGUGGUAUAGCUUCUCCCUCCCCGAAGGAGAGGAACGCAGCUCCCCUUUCCGGUCGUCACCCCUCAGCCCUGUUGGAUUGUCUCCCGCCGGGGGGAAAACGACAGUUACCUGGAAGCGAGCCAGCCAGAGGCAUCGUCCUUAACCCGAGCAGGUUCUGUGCCACAGUACCUGCUUUGCUCAGAGCUCAAGGGGAGGGAGAGGGGCAGCAAGAGCAAAACCGGCUCCUGCUGCAGCAUGGCCAUUUUACUUCCCAUCCCUUGGGAAGAGGCGGCACCACCCCAGUCAACUUGCAGCAGCCAGCUCCAGUCCCUGUUAAACAAGCUAAACUUUUAAAAAAAUAGAUACGUGAGAGACUGUUGCUAGAGGAUAAGCUUGUGUAGAUUGCUCACGCCAGGGAAAAGGUCAAGGAUGCUUCUCUCCCAGGUUUCAUCAAGGGAAGAGACGCUAGUUGAGUCAGAGGUCCCAGCUCCAGAGCAGCCAGCGAUUCCCCUAACUUGCUUCAUAAAGCAAUAACUGUGUGUAGCUCCUGCUCGGGCAGGAGUUCUGUGCAAAGACCUCUUGAGUUGAAACGAAUUGGCAUCACUCUCUUGCUGGCGGCAGAGAGGGGCUGGCGUUCUGCUCCCUUUCCGGAGGCAAACAGCAAGAAGGGCCUGGUCUUUUAACACGCACGGAAAUAGAAAUGGACACCCACAUGCAGCCUCCAUCCCCAAGUUGCUGUUGCUGUCUUUCUCACAUCCCGGGUUUGCCAAACUUGGCGCGCUUUAACGCUUUCCAGAAUUUUAAUUCUGAGGAAAAGGCACGCACAAACCAACCAAGGCAGUAAGGAACUCCCAUCAAGUGCAGUCAGAUGGGGAUUGAUUUGCUCAGGAGGGGGAUUUUUCUUCAGGAGCGAUAGCCCCUUUAUAACAUCCAGAGCGUGCAGAAAAACCUGCUUUUGGGAACAGAGCUGGUCAAGGACGAGCGUUUUUGAAAAACAGCGGGAACAGGAGGUGCAGUCGGUCUGCUGCUGUAAAGCCCUUUAAUCUGCAACGUCUGCCCAACAGCAUCUCAUCUUCCAGAUUUUAAUCAGCGACCGGAAGAGGUGAGCAGGGCUGUAAUUAAAAAAAAAAAACAGAGGGGAUUUGGGGAAGGAGAACCGGUUGUGUGUUUAAGGCUGCUAAGGGCCUGGCUGCUGAAGCAUAUUUAUGAGAUGCUGAUUUGGUAACACAAAAUAUGACGGUUAGGAAGGAUUGGGCCUUCUAGUGGAGGAGGGAGAGGUGGACGGGAAGCUUGCUUUUGGGGUGUGUCUCAGGUGGCCGCCUUCCUAUCCCAUUGCCAAGUUUUCCUUCAAAGCAUGGGGUAACUGCGGGAGGUGUUCUCCUUUUAUGGGCAUAGCAAUCGUGUCUUCCUUAACGUAUCGGGGAGGAUGCAGGGAAGGACUGGAUACAGCAAAGCCAAGUGUUUGGGGUUGUUUUUUUUUUGAAGGCCCACCUUCACACAUGUUGCAUCCAGAGGGGGCUGAGGGAUUACUGUUGGAAUUGUGGAGGGCCCCCCUUUCAAGUUGACUUUGAGAGAAAAAAAUGGAGUUCCUCAAGUAAACAGUUUGCUGAAAUGUCACCAGGCUUCUCAAAGAGGCUGCUGCAAUCUCCAUUCAUUCCCUGUGACCCCCCCCCCUUUAAAAUCCUUCAGGGUCACUGCUUAUACAGAUGCCUCUAAUCCUAUCCCGCUCCCCACUUCCUGUUUGGCUUACAUGUUUCUUUCUCUAGGAAAUCAUAUGCAUAGUAAUCUCUCUCAGAAUAAUCGCACAGGAUAGCCCCUAGUGCAGACUGCUUGUCCUGAACUCAGCAGGUCUGUCAUUGUGAAGCCAGUAAACAGUCACCCUCCCCCUUCUAUCUCAGCCCUGUGCCUCCCCCCCAAUGUGGAACUCGGUGGUCCAAAGCAGACAGUGAUGUCUCUUAUCACCUUUGUCCAUAUGGGGCAGCUAACUUCUAAGAAGGUUUUCCAUUUAGUUAGAAAGGGACAUGAGAAAGGACAGGGUACACACUGAAUUGGUUGUUUCUUCUGAAUUACUUCACAGAUUUAUUUCAAUGCAAAAAAAAAAAUGAGAUUUGAACUUUAUACACAUUUGGGGAUGGGGGAGAUAUGUGCCUAUAAUAAUGACUGUGUGUGUUGAAAUCUUGUAUGAUAUAUUAAGAAACCACCAUCAAUCACCCUGAUAACAACUUUUGCUUUCAAUAUAAACACUUUUUAAAAAAAAACACGGUGGUUUUUAAUUUUCUUACGGGUUGUUUUUUUUUUUUGGACUUCACAAUUUUUUGUUGUUGUGUAUGUGUUUAACAUAAUUAAAACCAAUCCCUUACAUUGAUUUCUGUUUGGUUUAACGUGUAUAAAAAAAACAACAGCAUAGGCUAUAGAUGCGGUGGAUAUAUGCAGAUGAAGAGAUAUAUUGUCAAACUCUAUUAAAAACGGAAAGUACACAAA